AUAACCUCAAUAAACAAAACAGUCAAUAAUCAGAAUUAAUGAAUAUGUAUAUAUUCACUUCACUGUAUUAAUAGAUAUGAGUUUCAUAUGAAAAAAUGAUCAAGAAUCUCUUAAUCGUUAUUGGAUUUUUAAUUUUAGUUAUUGCAGUAUACUACCCAUCCAGACACGCUAGACGUUACGAUUAUAUUUCAGUCGAAGAUAUACCAAAUGAAUUAAAUUUACAUUGGCCCCAAUUUAUAGAUUACCACUUAAAAAAUUGUUCGUUACAAAAUAUUCUUGUAAAUAGCAAAGAAAUUGACAUAUCAUCUAUAACUAAAGAAAAAUAUUUCCAAAAACCUCUUACAGGGGGAGAAUUUAAAUCAGACAGUUGCACACCUCUAGAAAAAUCAGCAAUAAUUGUACCAUAUCGAGAUAGACCAUAUCACUUAAAACAUUUUGUAAACUUUAUGCACUGGUACCUUCAGCAACAGAAUCUACAUUAUAGAAUAAUUGUCGUAAAUCAAAAUGAUUCCUUGCCAUUUAACAGAGCAAAAAUGUUGAAUUAUGGUGCAAAAUUUGCUAUUAGAUUAAACUAUCAUUGUUUAAUCCUCCACGAUGUUGAUCUCAUUCCUAUAAACACUGGAAAUAUUUAUGCUUGCUCAAAAAAACCCAGACAUAUGUCUAGCAGCCUUGAUACCUUCAGAUAUAACUUACCAUAUCUAACUUUAUUUGGGGGGGCAGUUUCUAUUACAUCUGAACAAUUUAUAAAGGUAAAUGGGAUGUCUAAUAUGUUUUAUGGUUGGGGUGGUGAAGAUGAUGAUUUCUACAGGCGUUUAACGUUAAAUAGUAUGGAACUUUGCAGAUUUUCACCAGAACUUAGCAAAUAUACCAUGUUAAUUCAUAAGAAAGAACAGGCGAGGGUUAUCUAAACCUAAUGGGGAAGAAAAACUUUGACUGGAUUUGUAAUCAAAUCGUAGGUAGAAAGAUUCAUUCAAUUUUUUUUAUGUGGCUUUUACGCUUGGUGGGGGUUUUCUUCGCUAUUGCUCAAAUUAACUACUUAUCGUUGUACAGUUAACAAAAUUACAAAUGACUGGUGAGUGGUCUCUACUGGUGGUAGGUGCUCUUGGAUCCGCUUAGAAAUAUAUAUAAAAAUUUUUUUAUAGAGAAAAUAAAAAAACCAUUUACCCAGUGGAUAUACCAGUGCUUCGAUAGUAUUAUAUCAGACUCUGAAAUUAAUAGGAGUACGUUAAGAGUGAGUGCAGGGCACUCGCAGAUAACGCGGUUUCAUCCUCCUCCAUGCACCAACAGCACUCCGGAUCGUCCGUGAUACCCACGGUGUAGAGGUAGCUUCUUAGAUGGCAGUGUCCGGUUGGAAGUCAAUAUUUGAAGUAAUAUAAAUCCCAAAAAUAUUCCAUCCCAUAUUUUUCACCUAAAUUAGGGGGAAAAUUUCUAAGCUGGGAACCAUGACAGAAUACGUCAGGUCAGUCUGUAUUGGUGGUAUUGUUUUGUUUACAACAUCCUUGAUCUUUGGUUAAGGAAAUAUUCGUGUUAUUGCGCCGAUUUCCGCCUCGGUGUUUAUUUUUAAAGUGAUAUCGAGAAAAUAGGAAAAAACAUUGUCUGAAAGUCAGCAAUGUCUUUUAGAGGAUGGGACACUGAUAGACAGUGACUUUUAUAGGACCCACUUUAAUAAUUCUGUGUAUUGUUGCUGUUUUAGUUCUGCGCAACUAUUUUCAAGGUCAUUGCUCUAAACGUUUUCUACUAAUACUAACAUAACCAAAAAACAGCGAAAGUUUCCAACAUUCAUACAACUUUCUCCA